AUGGAUCUCUUUGCAUACUUAAUAAUCUUUGCUGUUGUCAUAUUUUUCAUUGCUGCUUUACCAUUAAUCUCAGGUGUCGCUUCAUAUAAAUAUGAAAAAGUGAAUAGAGUUGAUAACUCCAAAAAAGAUGAUGAUGCAGCUGAUUAUAAUCAAGGUUAUUUAUCACCAGAAGAAAGAGCUGCUUUAGAAGCAAAACAAAAAGCUAAGGAUUCAAGAUUUAAAAAAUUCAAAGAAUAUUCAAAUGUUUCUAAAAAUGAUAUUCCAUUAAAAUUUAGACCAAAAUUUGAUAAUCCAAAUACUAGUAUACGUAAUAGAAGAAAUAAAAACGUUGAGAUAGAUAAUGAUCCUUCUCAAUUCGAUUUUGAUAUUGAUGAAUUCAUAGAGGAUGAAGCUGAACAAGAUGCUAAAGAAGCUGCUAGAGAACAUCAAGAUAGUCUUUAUAAAGGGGAAAACAUUGAAGAUAUGGCUUAA